ACGUAUUUCUGAAAUAAUUAGUCAUCUAGUUACUUUUCCAACCAAUUGACAUCAACAGCUCUGUGCAAUUGUCACUAAUAUUUAAGAAAUUUUAAUACGUUGUAUAAUAGCAGGCUAGUUAUUACUUAUCAUUGUUCAAUCUCUAUUUCAGGGAAGCCCUGGAGCCUGGAUUGAAGUUGGCGGUCACUCUUCGUCAUCUCGCAACUGGAGCCUCGUAUUCAGACUUGAUGUACUCAUUCCGAGUGGGAAGUAACACAAUAAGUAAAUUCGUCCCUGAAGUUUUGGAUGCUAUAAUACAGGAGUACUCUGAAGAGGUUUUGCCAGACGUCGUCACUGCUGAACAAUGGCAGCAGAUUGCAGAUGACUUCCGAACCAAGUGGAAUUUUCCUCAUGUCUGCGGGGCUCUUGAUGGUAAGCACGUGAGGAUAAAGAACCCGAAGAACUCUGGAUCUCUGUUCUAUAACUAUAAAGGCUUCUUUUCCAUAAUACUACUCGCACUCGUAGACGCAAACUACAAAUUCAUCUGGGUAAGCGUUGGUGCUAAUGGCAGUGCAUCCGAUGCCCAGCUAUUCAAUAACACUGAACUCAGAACCAUGCUAGAAGAAAACAACCUUGGUUUGCCUGACCCUGAUCCACUGCCUGGCGAUGACAUGAACACCCCAUACUUCCUCAUUGGAGAUGACGCCUUCCCGUUGAGAACUUGGAUGAUGAAGCCAUACUCCAGACGCAACUUGACCAACGAGGAGCGCAUAUUCAAUUACAGGUUGUCCAGGGCUAGACGAGUGGUAGAAAACGCCUUCGGUCUUCUCGCUAUGCGGUUUCAGUGCCUACUUGGCUGCUUGAACCAGAUGCCCGAAACCGUUGACUUGAUUAUUCUUGCAUGUGUCACACUGCAUAACCUUAUCAGCAUACGGUACCCUGCCAUUGCAAGACUGGCCGUCGACCAAGAGGACGAGCAUAACCAAUUAGUACCUGGUGAAUGGCGCCAAGGAAGACAGUUGGCUGAUGGUGAUCGGACCCAUGGAAGAAAUGUGGUGACAUCCGCUGGGGUCAGUCAGAGGAACUACAUUAAACACUACUUCAACUCCCGAGCUGGUUCAGUUGAGUGGCAACAGAAUAUGAUUUAGUGUGUUAGUUACUUUGGAAAGAUAUUUUGAUGAAGUGUAUAACCUAUAUGAUGCGAGUAUGCACAAGUUAUGUAGUUAUUAAAGUGAUUUCCGAUAUGUUUAAGUAUAUUAUAGUAAGUCAUCUUCUAUUUGGAUAUGAUAGUUUCCAUGAUAUGUUUGUUAAUGGAGGAAAUAAGCUUCAAGUAUACAUGUAUAUACAAUAGA